CACCCUGCCGUUGGGGGUUAGUUGGCGGAUUGGGACCACAAGUGUCUGGCAGUGUGGACUGGGGCCUUGUCACUGAGGCAGAGUCACUUCUGGGCCCCAAGGCAGCUGCCCCAUGCUCUACUGGGCACGGUACCAUGUUCCCACACUUCCUUUUGCUGCUGACCAUCUUGGGCCCUGGCAACAGCUUUCUAGUUCAGGACCCCUGGGGGCACGGAACCAAGGAAGCCCUGAGUCCUGUGCACCUCCGGGAACGGAGACAGAUACCUGAGGAUGAUGACUUUGAGGACCCUGACUAUACGUAUAACACAGAUCCCCCAGAAUUGCUAAAAAAUGUCACUGACACCAUGGCUGCUCACCCUGAGCGCCUGACUACCAUGGCCAUGCCAGAGCAGAGAGUUUCCAUAAGGGCUGGAACCUCUGAGACGGCCACUGUGAAGGCUGCCAGCACUGGCCCUCCUGGUUCAAGUACAGGAGGGCCAGCUGUGGGGAUGCUGAGCACAGAAUCUGCCACACAGUGGAGUCUGACCACAGUGGAGAUGACCUUCCGACCUGCAUCCACAGAGGCAGAGACCUCGCAGCCAGCACCCAUGGAGGCAAAGACCUCGCAGCCAGCACCCAUGGAGGCAGAGACCUCGCAGCCAGCACCCACGGAGGCAGAGAUCUCACACCCAGCACCCAUGGAGGCAGAGACUUCACAGCCAGCAACCCCGGAGGCAGAGACCUCAAAGCCAGCACGCACGGAGGCAGAGAUCUCACACCCAGCACCCACGGAGGCAGAGAUCACACACCCAGCACCCACGGAGGCAGAGAUCUCACACCCAGCCCCCACGGAGGCAGAGACUUCACAGCCAGCAACCCCGGAGGCAAAGACCACCCAGCUUCCCAAGAAUCGGGCUGUAGAAAGUCUGUUUACGUUUGCAGCCACAGAAGCCCUUUCCACAGAACCUACCACCAUGGAGUCGGUGUCCACGGCGUCUAAUGAGUCUACCGUCUUCCUUGGGCCAUCUGUGACUCACCAGAACAAUGGCCACUUACCUGACAGUGACCAGAAGAAAAGGCUGAUUGUGACCCCUGGGAGUUCACCGGCCCCAACCCCGUCAGGGACCUCGGAUCUCAUCCCGGUGAAGCAAUGCCUGCUGAUUAUCCUCAUCUUAGCUUCGCUAGCCACCAUCUUCCUUGUGUGCACGGUGGUGCUGGCAGUCCGUCUCUCCCGUAAGACCCACACGUACCCAGUGCGGAACUACUCCCCCACAGAGAUGAUCUGCAUCUCAUCCCUGCUACCUGAGGGGGGCGAUGGGGCCCCUGUCACAGCCAAUGGGGGUCUGCCCAAGGUCCAGGACCUGAAGACAGAGCCCAGUGGGGACCCAGAUGGGGAUGACCUCACCCUGCACAGCUUCCUCCCUUGACUCCCUGGCCCUUCCACCUGAG